AUGCCAAACCUCUCUGGGGAUCUUAAAAGUCGCGUUGAAACUGCGGGAAUGCUGCCCCUCCUGACCCCAGCAGAGCGCGAGUGCCUGGAUGAGGCCGCCCCGGGCGGGAGUGGGCGCUCGGGGACAGGCUCUGUGGCCAGCAAGGGCGGGCGGAGGCUGCGUGGCCACUGCAGAGGAAGCGACUGUGGGACACGUGGCUCCCAGGAGAAUGGCCCUCCCCAGCCACGAGGGGGUGGGAGCCUCAAAGCCCCAGCCAGCCCUGACACCCUGGGCCCCUCUGGUGCCAUCAGGCCCGCUGACUCCCUCUCUACCGCCCGGUCACCACCAGUCCCAGCACCAGGUCAGCCAAACUCCGGCUCUCGUGGACUGUCCCCAAGGGCUCUGCUCCUCCCCCAGGGCAGAGAGCCGAUGCUGCCAGGCACACCAAACACCCCCGGGUCUCACACCAACAACCCCCGCCCCCGGCCUCCAUACGCCUGCCAGGAGCACUUCCUAAGCCACACACCCGGGGAGACCCUCCCUCUCUCCAAAUCCUUCCAUGGCUCCCCUGGACCCCCAGAAAGUGCCCAAAAGCCCUGGGCUGGCAGAGAAGGCCCUGCCGGCCUGGAAUCCUAUGUCAGCAACAUCUGCCCCAACCAGGCCCCAGUGCCCACUGGGGCCUCACUCAGACCCUCCCCUCCCCCCGGAAGGCUGCCCCUUGGGCCCACUCAUCCAACUCCACACUGUUUCUCGAGGCCUCCAUGCCAGCCUGGCAGCUCGGCCCCUGCCUGCACCACCCGGCUCCCGGGGGCUGCUCUCUCUCCACGCUGGGCACAGCUCCGCACCUCCCACCGGCCUGUGUGGGUUCAGGAAUGCAGAGGCCAGCCACCCAGCUCGGCCACUCCCCGGAACGGCAGCCUGGGGUCCCUGCCCCUCACCGACCAACGCCCUCCUGCUGUGCCCCACUUGUGA